AUGACACUUGAGCAGAACACCGACUUCGCGGACGAUAACCAAAAUGAGCAUGUGCCGUUGAAAUUCCGGAAUUACGUCCCGAGGGAUGUUGCGCUGAGACGCUUCUGCCUUCCUCGGCCGUCCGUUGAGGAGCUAGAGAAGCAGAUUGACAAAGAAGCCAACAAUGCCGUGAAAUCGGCUGCGAACGAGGAUGUAGUGUCUCAGAUAGCGCCGCGCCGCCCGAACUGGGACUUGAAGCGGGACGUGGAGAAAAAGCUGUCAAUCCUUUCGAGGAAGACAGACAGAGCAAUAGUCGAUCUAAUCCGCAUGAAGAUUGCGGACGCGAAACCGCUGACGGUUUCGACGGCACCAGGCGACGUGGCAGACGAACGGCCUCUAGACGGAGAACGGGAGCUUGCCCAGUCAUUGGUCAAUGCGCUGCGUGAUUUAGAAAAACUUGAGGGUGAAGAAUGUGAGUGA